GUUGGGAGACGGCAGGCUGGGGGGUGUGGAAAAAUAGCAGGAAAAGUGCUUGCACCAUGUAGACCCGCGCCCCGCGCCCUGGCGCCCCGGCCGCGCGGAGGCCCCCCAGCCUGCGGCCAUGAACGCGAGCGGCGAGGGCGACAGCUUCCCCGGCUCCGUGCAAAUUCCGGGCGGCACGACGGUGCUGGUGGCGCUGACUCCUGACAUCCACAUCUGUGGCAUCUGCAAGCAGCAGUUUAACAACCUGGAUGCCUUUGUAGCCCACAAGCAAAGCGGCUGCCAGCUGGCCGGGGCGGCCGGGGCGGCCCCCAGCACGGUCCAGUUUGUGUCAGAGGAGACGGUACCUGCUGCUCAGACUCAGACCACCACCAGGACCAUCACUUCAGAGACCCAGACCAUCACAGUUUCAGCUCCAGAGUUUGUUUUUGAACAUGGCUAUCAAACUUAUCUGCCCACGGAAAGUAAUGAAAACCAGACAGCCACCGUCAUCUCCCUCCCCGCCAAGACACGUACCAAAAAGCCAGCGACCCCACCUGCCCAGCGGAGGCUCAACUGUUGCUAUCCAGGUUGCCAAUUCAAGACUGCCUAUGGCAUGAAGGACAUGGAGAGGCACCUAAAAAUUCACACAGGAGACAAGCCCCACAAGUGUGAAGUGUGCGGCAAGUGCUUCAGCCGGAAGGACAAGCUGAAGACCCACAUGCGGUGCCACACGGGCGUGAAGCCCUACAAGUGCAGGGCGUGCGACUACGCGGCCGCCGACAGCAGCAGCCUCAACAAGCACCUGCGGAUCCACUCCGACGAGCGCCCCUUCAAGUGCCAGCUCUGCCCCUACGCCAGCCGCAACUCCAGCCAGCUCACCGUGCACCUGCGGUCACACACCGCCUCGGAACCAGACGAUGAGGUCCUGAGACCAGCCUGCCCCUCUGCGGAGAAUGACGGCGCUGAGAAGGCCCCUCCCACUGCCAGUGCCUCGGAGUCAAGGGAACAGACGGCAACCCUUGGAGAAAGGACGUUCAACUGUUGCUACCCAGGUUGCCACUUCAAAACAGUUCAUGGCAUGAAAGACUUGGACCGCCAUCUGCGAAUCCACACGGGAGACAAGCCGCACAAGUGUGAGUUCUGCGACAAGUGCUUCAGCCGGAAGGACAACCUGACCAUGCACAUGCGGUGCCACACCAGCGUGAAGCCACACAAGUGUCACCUGUGUGACUACGCGGCCGUGGACAGCAGCAGCCUCAAGAAGCACCUGCGGAUCCACUCCGACGAGCGGCCGUACAAGUGCCAGCUCUGCCCCUACGCCAGCCGCAAUUCCAGCCAGCUCACCGUGCACCUGCGCUCACACACCGGGGACACCCCCUUCCAGUGCUGGCUCUGUAGCGCCAAGUUCAAGAUCAGCUCGGACUUGAAACGGCACAUGAUCGUGCACUCGGGGGAGAAGCCCUUCAAGUGCGAGUUCUGCGACGUGCGCUGCACCAUGAAGGCCAACCUCAAGGCGCACGUGCGCAUCAAGCACACCUUCAAGUGUCUGCACUGCGCCUUCCAGGGCCGGGACCGCGCCGACCUGCUGGGACACAGCCGGCUGCACCAGGCCGCCCACCCCGAGAAGUGCCCGGAGUGCAGCUACUCCUGCUCUAGCGCCGCCGCCCUGCGCGUGCACAGCAGGGUGCACUGUAAGGACCGCCCCUUCAAGUGUGACUUCUGCAGCUUCGACACCAAGCGGCCCAGCAGCCUGGCCAAGCACUUGGACCGGGUGCACAGGGACGAGGCCAAGACGGAGAACCGGGCCCCACAGGGCAGGGAAGGGCCCAGGGACGGCGGCUCCCAUGUGGCCAAGAUAGUGACCCAGCGGGCCUUCCGCUGCGAGACCUGCGGUGCCUCCUUCGUCAGAGACGACUCCCUGAGGUGCCACAAGAAACAGCACGGCGAACAGAACGACAGCAAGAACUCGGCCCUGGUCACCUUCCCUCCCGAGAGUGCUGCCUCGGGGCCCCUGGUCUCCGUGGGGCAGCUCGAGGCCCCCCUGGAGCCCAGCCAAGACCUCUAGGCAGCUGCCAGGAACCCCACGAAAGUGCCGGGAGGCGGGCCAGGGCUGCGGGGCCUCGGGGCUGGGGCUGGCUUCCCCAGUGCCGGAAGUCACAGUUCUGGCCCCAGGACAGACGCCAAAGCCACGCCGUGGAGACGUGUGUAGACAGCCCUGGGGAGCUGUCCAAGCUCGCAGACUCACCUGCCCAAGUUGAUUCAUAGCGGCUCUGUGUCACGGGUCUCCCUCUUAAACUGGUGGGAUUGUUAAACCCGUUAGGUGCGGUAGGAAACCAAAAUGCACUGAUCUCUAACGGGGACGGGGGCACGUGAAGGGGCUGGGGGUCAGAAAAGCUGUAUUCCCUUACCUGGGUGGUAGUUAAGUGUCCGCCUUAAACCUCUGUGUGGUUUCUUUUAUCUGUUGUCAUACAAUAAAGGCAGACACCUGU